UUCGCUUCCUUUUUUAAUGUGAUGAGCUUUUUAAAACAGACAGAUCAGUAGCAGGACCCAUUUCUGACUGUUAACUGCUGGACAUAUUUGCAUGUCAUUUUUUAACAUACUCUGUGUCAACACACACUGAACAGUGAGGAGACAUGAAAGCUGUGCUGGGAUUGAUGGUGAUUCUUCUGGGACUGUCUCAUGGUGUGGAAACUUACUGUCUUGACAGACUGGAUGGAGUUCAGUGUUAUAGAGCUUUGGGAGGAACUGUGGACAUUCAUCUGAUGGGGAGCACCUCAGAAAUAUAUAGAUACUACUUGUUGAAGAACUCAAUAAAAAUACUAGAUGUGAGAAAGAAUGAGGUUGUUUCUAAUACCAUAGGAGAGAGAGCUUAUUUUCCCAGUAAUGGAACAUUUAGGAUCAAUAAUCUGAGCAGGACAGACAGUGGUAUAUAUACCCUUCGAACCUUUGAUUCAGAUGGAACAUCAUCAGGCGUGCAGACUUUACAGCUGUUCAUUCAAGCUCCUGUGUCCUCUGUCCUGCUGGUCUCUGCGUGUCUGUCCCAGGGAGAGAUGAGGGUGUCUUGCUCCUCUGAGGGAGGGGACAGUCCUCAGUACAGCUGGACUCUGGAUGGACGCACACUGACAGAUGCUGAGCUCCUUUCUGGAAACAAUGAGAGUAAAAACAUUAUUCUGAAACAGCACGUCUCAGGACGUCUGACCUGCUCAGUCAGGAACAACGUCAGUUAUGUCUACAAAGAGGAGAGGAUAUCUACCUGUGGUGUGGAAACUUACUGUGAUGGCAGACAGAAUGGAGCUCAGUGUUAUGGAGCUUUGGGAGGAACUGUGGACAUCCAGCUGAUUGACACCACUGCAGAAAUACCUAGAUACGGCCUGUUUAAGAAUUCAUUAAGAAUACUAGAUGUCAGAAAGAACAGGUUUCUUCAUAAUACUAUAGCACAUAGAUCUCUAUUUUUUCCCAGUAAUGGAAAAUUUAGGAUCAAUAACCUGAGCAGGAAUGAUAGUGGUAAUUACUCCCUUCAACCCUUUGAUUCAAAUGGAAGAUCAUUAGGCCAGAGGACUUUACAGUUGUUCAUUCAAGCUCCUGUGACCUCUGUCCUGAUCGUCUCUGAGUGUCUAUUCCUCGGACAGAUGAGGGUGUCCUGCUCCUCUGAGGGAGGGGACAGUCCUCAGUACAGCUGGACUCUGGAUGGACGCACACUGACAGAUGCUGAGCUCUCUUCUGGAAAUAAUAAGAGUAACAACAUCACUCUGAAACAACACGUCUCAGGACAUCUGGUCUGCUCAGUCAGGAACAGUGUCAGUGAAGUCUACAAAGAACAGAGCAAAUGUACUUGUGAUAUUUCCUUGCCUAUAUGUGGUUUGAGAGCAGUUGUGGUAAUUGUCUUACUAAUUGGGAUUUCCAUCUACUUUACUUGGAAGAAAAAGAAAAAUGAAAAAGCUGAAGCCUCUGCUGCCCUACAAGCAGAAUUCCCAGAAAACUCUGUUUUGAUGGUUGAAAUGAGAGGUUCAGCAACUUAGGCCAACACCAAGUUUCAGCUUUCAUCUGGUGAAGCUCUGUGUGUUUUUAACAUUUGGAUUCUGUGGAAACUAAUAGAAAAAAAAGAUGUAAGAAAAGUAGUCCGGGUCUUUUAAAUUUUCACUUUUUUCUAGGUAAAUGUGAAAUUAGAUCACGCUCUAAACAAAAAUUAUCAACACACUUGUAACUGCAUUUUAUGCUAAAUUUUAUUUCAGCACUCUUAAACUGUUUGUUUUUAAUCAUGCUUUCUGUCUUUUAUUUGGGCAUUUGUUGAAGACAUGUAUUCAGCGUCUUUGAGAUUGGAAUAUCUUUUUCCCAGUGACAAAAAAUACAUAUGUAAAUAUUGUCCACUUCCUGAAGUGAAAAUCCUUUAUCAAAAUAUGAUGUUAUAAAAUAAGUUUACAUCUCAACAAAAAAAUCUCUGCAACUCUCCGUGUGGUCAACAACAGACACACAUUAU